GUCCUCCCUGUGUCUGGCAGUGAUGUUCGGACUGGAGAUCACCGGAGAGAUCCCAGCUGGUGAUGAGCAUAUAGAGGUCGGAUCUCCUCUCCUGGAUUUCGGGGAUGAUCUAUAGUCUUCCUUAUGCUGAGACCGUGCGUGUUAAAUGGCAUAGAGAAGGUAAUGUGUCUUAUCUCAUCCUCCAGCCAGGAAUGAAGCCAUGUACCUCCAUCAAAAAACUUUGCAAAGUUUUCUCUCUCCUUUUCUCAACCUUCACUGUAUUGUAUUUAAUCUACAUUGUGGUGUUGAUGAAAAUUGCCUUGCCCAGUAGCACGUCUACCUUCCCACUUCUGAGGUGGACAGAAUCGGAAGAGCCAGUAUGUAAACACAAUGUGACUCGGGACACUAUCAUCAAGGUCAAGAACAGCAGGACAUACCUGAUCGCAGCCUACUUGGACUUACAAAGUGGCAGAACUAUCCGCAUCUUAGGAAUCACCAACCGCUAUGAACAGGAUGUGUUGCUUUGUGACUUCUGUUUGUCAGGAACUAAUAAUACAACUUUUGUGGAGUUUCAGAUCCAUGCUGACCAUUUUGAUUUUCCCUAUGGGACCACAGACCUUCUCUGCAAGCUACCUGAUGAGAGGAUUCCAGACUAUAUUUCAAUCUACCAAAUGGACGAGCCUUCACAAACGUAUCUAAAAAUCCAGAACACUAAAAAACAUGACCAUGGGAUACCCAUUACAUUUCGGUAUGAUUUUCUUGUAUGUGUUUCCACCAUGUUUGGCUCAUACAACAACAUUUUGCAGUUUAUCCAGUCCAUGGAAAUGUACCAAAUAUUGGGGGCCAAGAAGGUGGUUAUUUAUCACACAGAUUCCAGCCUACUAAUGAAGAAAGUUUUGUCCUACUACAAGAAAUUAAAAUUAGUAGAACUUGUUCCAUGGCCAAUCACCUCUUUUUUAAAUGUUUCUACUGGUUGGCAUUACCCUGAGCAUCCAGGAGAUCUCCAUUAUUAUGGUCAAACAGCAGCUUUGAAUGACUGUAUUUAUCGAAACAGGUACAGAACCAAAUAUAUUGCACUGACUGACAUAGAUGAGCUAAUUUUACCCAUCAUGCACAAAGAUUGGCCGGAAAUGAUUGACUCUCUUUUGAGGAUUGAUUCAGCCACAAGUGUCUUUAUCUUUGAAAAUCAUGUCUUUCCUACUACCUUACAAGACAAGACUAAUUCUUUAACACCACCUGAAUGGGCCUCCAUUCCGGGACUAAACAUUCUCCAGCACGUUUAUCGAGAGCCCAACAGACCCAGCGAAAUCAACCCAACAAAGAUGAUACUGAAUCCCAGGAAUGUUGUACAGACCUCUGUCCAUGUUCCUCUAGAAUUUGUAGGAGAACAGUACGAGGUCUCUGGUGAUAUUGCUAAGCUCUGCCAUUAUCGAGAGCCAAAACAAAAAGAUCUGGUAAAGGAUAAUCUCAUCAAGGACACAAUCAUGUCAAAAUACGAAACAGUUUUGGUACAGAGGGUUAACCGGUUAUUAAGCAAGCUUAGAUUGAUGAAAAAAAGAACAGCCAAGGACCAGUAGUCACUUUUGCCUCUCUGCACUAUAAAAUGAGUUAUUCAUAAAUCCGGUCUGAAGAGCACAAAAACUGCAGCUAUAGAUGUGUAUUGAUUGUGUUCAUCGCCUCCCGAGAGGAAAUAUGCAUUUGCUAAGUGCCUCUAAAUUCAAAGUCAAUAUUUUUAUUGCCAGUAAUGGGCUUUUAAGUCUUUUGGAAAAAAAACUAGGAGGUAGAUAUUGCUAAUUAUAUUAAUGUGCUGCGCUAUCUCACCCAAAAUC